CUCUUCAGCCGACUCACUGCCCCUGGGUCUCCGAGGAUUGAGUACCCGUUGUCACGUUAGCAUUCUUAAGAACAAGUGAUCCGCUUUUUAUUUUGUCGUCAUUGCAGUUUUUGGUUGUGUCUGUUAUGCUGCAAGCAGCUGGACGUGGAAAUGAGCUUCCUUUCUGAUUUCUACGCGAAAGUUUUGGGGACGAAAUCAAAGAAAUUAGAGGAAACCUGUUCCGCGGACGGUGGAAACGGCUUCAUUGAAGCAUACGACAAUGAAGACGGCUUUGUGUUGUAUACUCCAGAACAAAACAAGCGAUACAAGCAAUCUGAUUAUAGUCCUGAAUGUGGAAAUGUUAGAGUGUUUGAAAAUGCCCAGCAGAGCUGUCGAUAUUCUCCAAAAGGGUCAACUGCUUCUACAACAUCAACUUCACUGACGGUAUCAAAAAAGAACACAACUUUCAUUACAGUCUCUGAUAUUCCGAUGGAGCUGUCUAAACAACUUCAAGCAAUAUUACAUGUUAAUCAAAGGACUGGUGAUGUUCUGAGAAAAGCAUUGCCCAAUAUUGAUCAAUAUAACUAUGACUUUUCACUGGAGAGAGCUGUCAUCAGGUCAUUUGAAGGGGUUUUGUGACUUUUUGUUCAGAUAUUGCACCAUAAUGACUAAACAAUUGAGUUGAGUACUGGUAAUUUUUUUUUACAUCUUCUUCUCUCUCAGAAGUGACAAAUCUGUGGAUUUUCCGAUUAAUCUUACCGCAAUGUCGUUCAGACAAAAAGUAGUGCUCCGAGAAUGAAAUAGCACCAAAUUACCAAGGGUAGCGCCAUUAUUAGGAUGUUUUGUCAUGAAUCAGGAGAAUUAUCCCAUCAUUCUUUGGAGUGAAAGGGUUAAAAGAUUGAGACAGACAGUACUUGAAAGUUAGUCUAGAAAAUGAACAGUUAAAUUAUGCAACUUACCUUAUUUGUAGUCUUGACAAGGGUUCUUCAAAGCCUUCUGAAAUUACCAAGGAAAUCUUUUAAUGUGGUUUCAAACAAUUUUGAUAUUUUUAAUCAUCUAUUCGUUGACGUAUCGUGACUUUCACACUUUUUCAAUUUUCUCCUUGAAAUUGGUACAAAAAACCUGCUCAUUCAAUACAAGUUGUGAUUAUUUUACUUUAUUACAUUGCUCGCAGCGCCUGUGGGCAAGAUGAAGCGAGUCCUGUGUUCUGAUUGGCUGCCCG